ACGACGUCACAGGAAGCUGUAACAAAUCAGCGUGGCCAGCAAUGUAGCAGACUGGUGUGUACCUGUAGUUAUUUCGGAAUAUUCGGUUGUUUUCACAUCUCCAAAAUGGACUAUAUGGGCACGAAAGACUAAAACCAUGUUUGUGCAGCAGGUCUGCGAUUUUAAAUGAAGUUUAGGUGUGCGUGUGAAGUUCAGGGAUUCACAAUUAGCAUAGGCUAAUUUAGCUGGUUUGUGAUGACAAUGCUUGUCAUUUAAAUGCUGCUGUGUAUAUGUGUAUUUAUUUAGGUGUAGAAUAGUGGCAUUUCUUUGUAGUAAUUAAUGUACAAUGUACUGUGGAAUGCAAGCGGCAUCAAUGCAAAACUUCGGUUCCGUUGACAGUUCAGUAGUACAGUUCAGAGGUCAAUAUUGUUAUUGUUUGAUCGUACCCAUCUUAUAAUUCUUUGGAGUGCUUGAAGAGGUUCAUCUAGCUAGCACUAGGGCUUUUAGGUGAGCAAACGGUUGCUGUUCAAGAUGUCAGGUCUUAUGGUGAAUUUUCAUGAUGCUGGCAGCAGUCAGAGUGGUGAGGGUUUUACAAAGCCGAUGGGUAACAAUAAACAUAAACGCUUCAACAAGAGCAGGCGUUUUCUAGAAAGAAAAGGUUAUCUAAACGAUAAGCAAAACAAGCCUCAUCAAAGACACGGGCAUUGUCAAAAUGGGAAACUAGGAAACCAACAGCACUCAACAGCAAAGCCUUUCCAUAGAGUUGGUAAAGUGGACCUCAGCAAAACAGAACACCCAAAGUUUGCGCCCAAACCCAAAGAUGGCGCAAGUUCCUCCGCAACUGCAGCCACUAUCCAGACGAAGCUCACCUUCGGUUCCAGUCAAACAAAGCAACUGACAACACCGGCAGCCAGACCUAGCUCAUCCCUGACGACAACUUCAGCGGAUACCCAGCCGAAACCCUGCCUCAGUACAAGUCAAGCCCAGAAACAACCAGCAGCCACUGCAGGCAACCCAGCCGCUCUCUCGGGUCUUGGAAGAACUGUCUCCUAUACCUCGGAGGGUAUUGUCAUCACCCAGUCUGCUUCCUUUGGUGGUAUGCCCCACAGUGGCAAUCCACAAAAGUAUUUGGCCAUUGACUGUGAGAUGGUUGGCACCGGUCCAAAAGGCAAGAACAGCGAGUUGGCCCGCUGUAGUAUCGUGUCUUACGAUGGUGACAUUAUCUAUGACAAGUUUAUCAAGCCUAUGAAUCCUGUGACAGAUCUGAGGACCCGAUGGAGUGGCAUCCAGUGGCACAACCUGCGGGAUGCCACACCAUUCAUUGAAGCAAAAAAAGAGAUUUUAAAGAUUCUCUCAGGCAAGGUGGUGGUUGGUCAUGCUAUCCACAAUGACCUCAAGGCCCUGAAGUAUAGUCACCCGACAGGACUGACACGAGACACCUCACGCAUCCCUCUCCUGAACAAGAAAGCCGGCAUACCAGAGACGGACGUGGCCUCCCUCAAGAGACUUACCAAGGCACUCUUCAACCGUGACAUUCAGGUUGGGAAAAAGGGCCAUUCCUCUGUGGAAGACGCAAAAGCCACUAUGGAGCUUUACAAAAUGGUGGCUGUGGAGUGGGAGAGAACACUGGCUUCCAAGCCCUUUUCCAAGUGAUGGACUGUGAACAUGAUAGCAUAUGUAUUAAUAUUUAAUUCAGAGACAUUUUUCAUUUUCUCUGAGUUCAGCAUUUUUUCACGGGAUGUGCUGAUUUGUUCUGGGAGUUCUGAUGCUGUUCUGACAAAAUCUUAAUGUGACAAAAUGAUGCCACAGGGGGGCGCUAUUGAUUAAAUUGCAGGUUUUAAAGAGAUGUCGGUUCAAAAUGAACAUAUACACAAUGACAAUAAUCUUUUGUCUUUUGGUGCUCAAUAUGCCGUAUUUUCAUUCAAAAAUAAACAUAUUUUAUACUUGCAA